AUGCAUCCGAGAUAUGGCUUUAAUCAGCCUAAACCCACUGCAUCCGAGAUAUGCACAUUUUUGUUGAUCAUGGACAGUGCAUCCGAGAUACGGACAAGUUGGCUACACUUGUGCCGGAGACCAGCGCAGCAGGCACGUGGUCCGCACGUCCGUAGGGACGGUGGGAAUCCUCAUGAUGGAGACCAGCAGUUGUCAGACGAGGAGGCUGAGUACGCCCGACAGGAGGAGGUACAUCAGGAUGCCAUUCCCGAUGCACAUGCAGAGCAUCCCUCCGAUGCAUUUUUCGCUGCCCAUGAGGCUGACGUUGCUGCGAGGCUUAUGCCAGGUACCUCAGCCCCUGCUCACCACCCGACUAAUGACAGAGCUUGGGAGCAGCACCAGUUCGACAUUGGAUCCGAUGAUAUGAUAGACAUCGAUGACAUGUUCAAGAUCAUCGGGGCACCCAGUGAUGCGAUGGAUGUCUUGGCCAGUCGUUAUUGCCGCAGGAGAGACGACACCGACAUUCCUGGGAUGUCGAGCGGUGUUUCCAUUCGGCAUGGGACAGUUCCUCCAGGGCACUAUCAGACUCCUCCUCCACCACCGCACCAGUCAGGUUCUGCUCCGUCACCCCACUAUUGGACUCCAUCCCUGCCACCGCCGACUCCACCGUCCGGUACUGUCUGGAGAUCACCUUCUAUGCCUCCUCCCAUGACUGUAUCAGCUCCUCCUCCGCCACCAUACCAGCGUCCACCGCCCACUUCCAGUCAGCCAGUUGUUUGUACUCGUCCAUACCGUCCUCCUAGGGUGUCCCGUCCUCGUGGAUGUGAGACUGGACACCACUUGGAUCCUGCCGCUGGACGGCGUUAG